GCGGCAGUUAAGCUCAUCAGCUCACCGAGGACGACGACCGCGAGAGACCAGCGAUGGCGGGCUUCAAAUCGCUCGGCAUUGUCCUGGUUGUUGUCGCGGCGCUCCUCGCCGCCACGGCGAGGGCGGUGGACGACGAGCACAUGUACCACUGGAAGUGCUUCAAGUCGUGCACGGGGAACUGCCACGACGAGGACGCCGCCGCCGCCGCCGUUGACGACGACGUCGUCGCCGCCAACGACGGCAACCACUCCGGGGCCUCGAACAUCUCCGGCGGCAAGUGCAAGAACAGGUGCCUCAGCGAGUGCUUCGAGGACCUGCCGGCCCAAUGCUACCACCAGUGCGUCGUCACCAACUGCCUCUCCUUCCCACCCUUUAGCAACGAGAAAACGAUGUGCCUGAAGAGCUGCUGCGAGAAAUGCUUCCACCACGGCCCGCCAGCGCCUGGUCCUGGCCCGAAGCCGCCUGCCCCGACGAUGCCGAAGCCACCGCCGAGGCCGCCAGCGCCAAAGCCGCCUGCCCCGACGAAGCCGAAGCCACCAAAGCCUAGCCCGCCUGCCCCGACCAAGCCGAAGCCACCGACGCCCAAGGCGCCACCACCGCCCAAGAAGCCGUGUCCUCCCGGCAGCGACGAGGUGAACAACAACUGAUACGAUGGAUCCACCGGUCAUCAGAAUAUAUAUAUAACUCAUAUACUUAACGUGUGCAUCAAGUGGAUCCGGCCCACUAUAUACGACGCAUAUAUAUUGUACGCAGUUUGGAGAGUGCAGUUAACUGCUGCGAGCAAAAGAAGCAAUAUAGUGCUAUUAUCUCUGUUGCUCUAUAGUGCUAGAAUUAUAGAGCUCCCGGUGGCAAUGUAUAUAUGUGCUAUUAUCUCUGUUGCUCUAUAAUACUAAACCAAGCUUAGCGUUAA